GAUGCGAGAGGCCCCCGGGCCCGAGGACCCGGAGCCGGGCUGCGAGGCUCCGUGCGCGGCGGCGUGCCACGCGCAGCGCGUCCUGCAGACCCUCAACGCAUACCGGCGGAGCGGCACCCUCACCGACGUGGUGCUGCGCGCCGGGGGCCGCGACUUCCCGUGUCACCGCGCCGCGCUCAGCGCAGGCAGCACCUACUUCCGCGGUUUGUUCGCCGCCGGCCGGCCGGAACGCGGCCUGGCGGUGGUGUCGGUGGUGCCUGAGUCCCGGAGCUCGGGGCCGACGGCGGCGGCGGCGCUGGCGGUGGUACUGGACUACGUGUACGGCGCGGGCGUGCGGCUGCGCGCCGAGGACGAGGCGGCCGCGGUGCUGGCGCUGGCGGAGCGGCUGGGCGUGGCGGGGCUGCGCGAGGCGUGCGCGCGCUUCCUCGAGGGCCGCCUGCGCGCCGCCAACAGCCUGGCGCUGCGCCGGGUGGCCGCCGCCUUCUCGCUCGCUCCGCUGGCCGAGCGCUGCGGCCGCGUGCUGCGCCAGGCGUUCGCCGAGGUGGCGCGCCACGCCGACUUCCUGGAGCUGACCCCCGACGAGCUGGCGACGCUGUUGGCCGACCCCGCUCUGGGUGUGGCGCGCGAGGAGGCCGUGUUCGAGGCGGCCAUGCGCUGGGUGCGCCACGACGCGCCGGCCCGCCGCGGGCAGCUGCGGCGCCUGCUGGAGCACGUGCGCCUGCCGCUGCUGGCGCCCGCCUACUUCCUGGAGAAGGUGGAGGCGGAUGAGCUGCUGAGGGCCUGCGGCGAGUGCCGGCCGCUGCUGCUCGAGGCCCGCGCCUGCUUCAUCCUGGGCCGUGAGGCCGGCGCGCUGCGGGCCCGGCCGCGGAGAUUCAUGGACCUAGCUGAAGUGAUCGUUGUCGUCGGCGGUUGUGACCGAAAGGGUCUCCUGAAGCUGCCUUUUGCUGAUGCCUACCACCCGGAGAGCCAAUGCUGGACCCCGCUGCCCAGCUUGCCUGGCUACACUCGCUCAGAGUUCGCUACCUGUGCUCUUCGAAAUGACAUCUACGUUUCUGGAGGCCACAUCAACAGCCGCGAUGUGUGGAUGUUUAGCUCCCACCUGCAUACCUGGAUCAAGGUAGCUUCCAUGCUCAAGGGCAGGUGGAGACACAAGAUGGUAGCCUUGCAGGGGCAGCUGUUCGCGGUGGGCGGCUUUGACGGCUUGCGGCGUUUGUGCAGCGUGGAGCGCUACGACCCCUUCUCCAACACGUGGGUGGCCGUCGCCCCCCUGCCCACGGCCGUGAGCUCGGCGGCGGUGGCGCCCUGCGCGGGCCGGCUCUACGUGAUCGCGGGCGCUGGGCAGGACGGCCUCAACACCAACACGGUGCAGUGUCUGGACCCCAAAGAGGACCAGUGGAGCCUGCGGUCACCGGCGCCCUUCUCACUGCGGUGUCUUGAGGCUGUCUCCCUUGAGGACACCAUCUAUGUAGUGGGAGGCCUCAUGAGCAAAAUCUUCACCUAUGACCCUGACACAGAUGUCUGGGGGGAGGUGGCUGUCCUCCCCAGGCCUGUGGAGAGCUGUGGAGUGACAGUGUGCGAUGGGAAGGUCCACAUCCUUGGUGGGAGAGAUGAUCGUGGGGAAAGCACUGACAGGGUCUUCACCUUUGACCCCAGUAGUGGGCAGGUGGAGGCCCAGCCACCCCUGCAGCGCUGCACCAGCUCCCAUGGAUGUGUCACCAUCAUCCAGAGCCUGGACAGGUGACUCAGAUGAACAGCCUGAGUUGGAGGUAGAGGCAGAACUCAGGCACAGCACUGCUCCCCUCCUGGCACCUCCAUGUAAAUAGUUCUUUAAUUUAUUGUCCCUUUUUCUUAUAAAUAAAACUUUGUU